CGCUGUGCCGCAUUGCCCGUGCGCUGAGUGCCGCCUCGGACAUGAGUUACAUUCUGGAUAGUCUUUACGGCGCCACCGCCUACCGCAAGGUCCUGGGCGAGCCGCACAAGAAUGUCUCCAGGUCGGCCACCUCGCUGUCCUCCAGCGGUUUCCACUCCCAGUCCUGGUCCAGAGGCUCCAGCGUGUCUUCCCUCCGCAAGGGCGACAGCCUGGACUCCAUGAAUGGAGAGCCGCGCUUCAGGAACGAGAAGGAGAUGCUGCAGGCGCUCAAUGACCGCUUCGCCGGCUACAUCGACAGGGUCCGGCAACUGGAGGUGGACAACAGGAAGCUGGAAGCAGAGGCGGCCGCCCUCCGGCAGAGCCAGGCCGGCAGGUCGGCCAUCGGGGAACUCUACGAGCGAGAGAUCGGCGACCUGCGCUCCAUCGUGGUGCAGCUGAGCGGCGAGAAGACGCAAGUCCAGCUAGAGCAGGAGCACCUGGAGGAGGACAUCGUGCACCUGAAGCAGAGGGUGGAGGAUGAGACGCGGGUGCGCGAGGAGCUGGAGGCGGCCGUGAGGGCAUUGAGCCGCUACCUCGACGAGUCGGCGCUAGCCAGGAUGGAGCUGGACAAGAAGCUGCAGUCCCUGCAGGACGAGGCGACUUUCCUCAAGAAGAACCACCAGGAGGAGGUCGGGGAGCUGCUGUCCCAGAUCCAGGGCUCGCAGGUCACCUUGGAAGUGAGGGACACCCUCAAGUCGGACAUAACCAGCGCCCUGCGGGAGAUCCGCUCGCAGUUCGAGGGGUACAACAGCAAAAGCGCCCUGCAGGCGGAGGAGUGGUUUAAAGUGCGUCUGGACAAACUUUCCCAAGCCGCCCGCUCCAACAACGACGCCAUUCGCAACGCGCAGGAUGAGAUCUCCGAAUAUCGCCGACAGCUGCAGGCCCGCACCACCGAACUGGAGACCCUCAAAGGUACCCGGGACUCCCUGGAGAGGCAGCGCUCAGAGAUCGAGGACCGGCACAACGGCGAUGUUUCAUCACUGCAGGAGACCAUCCAGCAACUCGACAACGAGCUGAAGAGCACCAAGUGGGAGAUGGCGGCCCAGCUGCGGGACUACCAGGACCUGCUCAACGUCAAGAUGGCACUGGAUAUUGAAAUUGCAGCUUACAGAAAACUGCUUGAAGGAGAGGAGACGCGCUUCAGCUCAGGUCUUGGGCCAUAUCCUUACAUCGAUGGCCACACAAAACUUCCGGGAGGUCCUCAACAUAUCAGGAUUAAAACCAAAGACAAGAUCAAAGCUGCAGAGAAAUCUGAGACUGUCAUCCUGGAGGAGCAGACAGAGGAGACGCAGGUGACAGAAGAAGUGACCGAAGACGGGGAUGAGGCAGAAGACGAGGCACCAACAUCGGAGGGCGAGAAAGAAGAGGAAGCACAGUCACCGAGCAGGGAGAAAUCAGAGCUGGCCUCUCCAGCCGAGGAAGAGGAAUCCAAAUCACCAGGUGCCAAAUCCCCAGCCGCAGAAGAAGAGGCAAAAUCUCCGGCUGAGGAAGAAGAAGAAGAAGAGGCAAAAUCCCCAGCAGAAGAAGAGAAAGCAAAGUCACCUAAAGCCAAAUCCCCAACAGAAGAACAAAAGCCCAAAUCUCCAGUUGAGGAAGAGGAGUCUAAGUCUCCUGGAGGAAAAUCCCCUGUGGAGGAAAAGCCCAAAUCAACCUUACCAGCUAAAGACAAACUGAAGCUACCACAGCCGAAAUCACCCACAAAAGAAAAGGCAACGUCACCACAGCCCAAGUCACCUGCAAGAGAAAGUCUGAAAUUGCCCGAACCAAAGUCUCCAAAACAGGAAAAAGCAACAUCACCACAGCCCAAAUCUCCCGUGGCACCACAGGUGAAGUCCCCAGGAGAAAAACCCACAAAGCCGAAGGUGUCAGAAGACGUGAAACCAAAGUCUCCAGAGCCAGCAGACACGGCAAAAACGCCGGCAAAAGACAAAGCUAAACAGGAGUCCAAAUCUCCAGCAGCCAAGCCAUCUUCACCUGGUACAGAGGACAAACCCAAAGAGAAAGUGGAGAAGGUGGAGAAACCUAAGACUACAGAGGACGAUGACACAAAGAAAGGCAGCAAAACAACUGAAAAACCUCCAAAGGCGGAGGACGAAGCCAAGCCAGAAACUAAGCAGCAAGAGAAAGACAAAUCUGCACCCAAGAAAGAUGAGAAAGAGAAGACUCCCACAAAAAAGGAGGAAGGAGAGCCCAAAGUGUCAGAAAAGAAGGAAACCGAGAAAUCAGACAGUGAAGUCAAAAAGGGAACCAAGGAGCCCGUGAAGCCCACGCCGGAGGAUAAAGCCAAAGAAACUGAGAAAGCCAAGUCCAAAGAGGACAAGGAGGAGAAGAAGCCUGAAGCCAAGAAAGAAGAGAAAGUGGAAAAGAAAGAGGAGCCUGUGAAGGAAGACCAGAAAGGGCCCAAAGAGGAAAAGAGAGAGGAACCCAAGAAGGCAGAGAAGAAAGAUGAGGCCAAGAAGGAAGAAAAGGCGGCAGAGGAGCCCAAAAAGGUAGAAGAGAAAGAAAAGGAGCCCAAGAAGGUAGACAAGAAAAAAGAGGAGCCCAAGGAGGUAGAAAAGAAGAAAGACGAGCCCAAAGAGGUAGAAAAGAAGAAAGAGGAGCCCAAGGAGGAGCCCAAAAAAGCAGAAAAGAAAGAAGAGAAGAAAGCCCAACCCAAGGAAGAGGAGAAGAAGGCAGAGCCCAAGAAAGAGAAAUCGCAAGCUGUGGUGGAGGACCAGAAGGAAGAGAAGAAGGAUGCGGUAAAGCCACCCAAAAAAGAAGCCAGUGACGUGGACACCCAGAAGGUGGAGAAAUCUUCAAGUACAGAUCAGAAGCCCACGGAGGAGAAAAGCAAAAAGUAGACGGAAGGAAGACUGUGGAAGAGAGACACAGAGAACGGGCAGACGGGUGGGGAAUAAAACACCAAAGACAAAUUCAAAAUGAUGGUAGGGUGGGGUGGGGAAAAUGAGAAGAAAA